UCCACUUGCCUUAUUGCUGCUUCUUUUGGGCUUGCAAAGCCAUGCUUUCCUUUGGCUGCUGCAAUCAGUUGCAUCGGCUAGCAACUCAAUCUGCCUGCCUCAAUUGGGUAAGUAAACUAUUAAAAAAAAGUUAAUUGGGUUUUCUUUUUAAGGAGUUGGGUUUUUUUAGACAGCAAUUUAAAGUUAAGGAAGUUUUAAAUUUAGCUGCUUAUAUCUAAAACAGGGGUUUCCAACCUUAGUAACUUUAAGGCUUGUGGACGUCAACUCCCAGAAUUAGGGUUAGGGUUAGCAAAGUUAGGUUAGGGUUAGCAAAGCUGGCUGAGGAACUCUGGGAGUUGAAGUCCACAAACCUUGAAGUUACUAAGAUUGGAGACCCCUGAUCUUAAAAAAUACAAAUAAAAUAAAAUAAUAAAAUAUUUGUGCAGCUUUCUGAGAUUUGGUGUGUUUCUGUAGUGUUCCACUCUAACUACACAAACACACAAAAUCUCACAGUGGCAUUUUGUGUGUGUGUGUGUGUGUAUGUGAGUGAGUCAGUUGUGGUGUGUGUGUGUAAAGUGUGAAAGUUGGUUUUUGAGCUUUUUGUGGCUGUGUGAGGUUCCUGUUUGUUGCAGGGGCCAUUUUGGGUGAAGUGCAGCUGCUUUUACAUUGUGUGUGAGUCAGUUGUGUUGUGUUGUGUGUGUGUAAAGUGUGAAAGUUGGUUUUUGGUACCUCUUAUUGUUUUGUAUACUUCGUUUAUUAUUUUUAUUAUUUAUUGUUAUUGGCCACGCCCACCCAGUCAUCUGACCACCAAGCCGGUGAAUAGCGCAGGCUGGUAAAGCCUGUUAUUAAGAACACAAAGCCUGCAAUUACUGCAGGUUCGAGCCCGGCCCAAGGUUGACUCAGCCUUCCAUCCUUUAUAAGGUAGGUAAAAUGAGGACCCAGAUUGUUGGGGGGGCAAUAAGUUGACUUUAUAAAAAUAUACAAAUAGAAUGAGACUAUUGCCUUAUACACUGUAAGCCGCCCUGAGUCUUCGGAGAAGGGCGGGGUAUAAAUGUAAACAAAAAAAACAAAAAAAAAAGCCACGCCCACAUAACCAGUAGGGAAAAUUUUUAGAUUUCACCCCUGAGCCUUGCCCUCUUUCCCCAGCACUGGCAAAGGGGCUCAGGUCUUGUGCAGUUGCCAAUCUCCUCCAGCAUCCAUGGGCUCCUGCACCAGAGCCCUUGCCUGCCAGUAAACACCCAUCCCCCUGCAGCUUAACCCUUCCCCUUCUGGCUGGGUGUCUCCUAGUCCUGUGAAAGAGAAGCGGGAGCUACCCUGAAGGUUCCAAGGAGGGGGCAUGGAAGUCACUUCCUGCUCCAGAGCAGAGGUGCUUCCUCUGGGGCUCGGCCAGGGCCAGGGCCAAGGCUUCAAGGGCAUCUCCUUUCAACGGGGCCAAACAGACCAGAGCAGCUGGGCACCAACCAGCCAAGCAGGGCAAACUCCAGAGCCUUCAGAGCUUCAAAAACUGGCAUGCAGGCUCCCCUUCCUCAGGAGUGGGGAGGCGGCUUUAAAAAGGGACAAGACACAGCCAAAUAAAUAGGACUCCUCCCACCCAGGAAGAGAGAGGGGACAGAGGCCCAAUGAGCACAGCCUGUUUGAAGGGUUGGGAUUCAAGCUGCCUCCACCUGCCGGCUCCCGCAAAGCCACCAACAGGCAGAAAACCAGGUGGGAAACCCCUAAGAGAAGGCAUGAAAGUCACCUCCGCAUUCUCUCCAGAAUGGCACUUAUCCACCCAAUCCCCACAGAGAAUCUGGAGCGGGUCCAGGAGGCCCAAGGCAAAACCUCGGAGUAGGUGGCUCAGGUGGGCGGGGCCAAGAUAAGUUGGGGAUUUAUCAGGGAGGCAACAGGUACCAGCAGGUGCCCAGUCCAGGUGGAAGCUUGCAAGAGCCAGGCCGACAGGACGCGGCAUGGCGCUCUUCUCCCAGUGCCUGGAGCCGGUGGGCUUCCUGCAGUCGCUGCGCUCGCUGGCCCUGGGGGUCGUGUCCCACCUGCAAGGCUCGGCCACCGCCGAAGAGCUGGCUUUCGUGCGCAGGGAGGUGGAGCUGCUGGAGCGCGAGCUGGCGACGGGCCCGGGGCUGCUGGAGGACGGCGGGCUGGACGCCUGUGAGGACUGCGUGGCCGCCGCCUUCGGUCACCUGUGCCUGGCGGUGCGGGCGGCGGCCCCCGCCGCGCAGCUGGAGACCGAGCUCUUUGUGCAAGGCUGCGAGCGGGAGAAGCUGGAGCGCCGCCUGCUGGUCCUGUGGCGCCGCCUGCAGGGCAACGCCGUGCUCACUCUGCAGCGCCCCCUGCUGGAGCAGGCCGUGCAGCGCCACCGCCCGCGCCGCCCGCAGAUGGCGCUCUUCUGCCAGAAGCUGAACGCCGUGCUGGGCGCCGGGCUGCUGUGCCUGCUGUGCCAGGCGGGGCUGGCCAAGCGUGACCCGGCGCUGCUGCUGGGCGUCUGGGACCAGCGCGUGGCUGCACUGCACAAGCGCAUGAAGGAGGCACUGGCCCAGUGCAAGGGCUACUUCCACCAGCAGGCCCAGGAGGACGUGGAGCGCGCCCUAGAGCAGGCCCUAGAGCAGGCGGCGCCCCCCGACCCGGCCCAGCUGGCCACCUUGCUCCUGCGUCAGCUGGAGCAGAACUACGAUUGGCUCUGCUGGGCUGUGAUAGCCUGGCGGGCGGAGGGCAAGGCGGAGGGCGAGACAGGUAGCGGGGAGGUGCUGGCCCAGGGCAGCUUUGUGACGGCGCAGGCCGCUGCGGGGCUCCACCUGGUGGCCUGCUACCGGGAGAGCCCCUCGGCCCUGGACAGGGCUCGCACCAACCAGCUCAUUGGUGAGCUGGAGUGGAAGCUGCCCAACCCGCCGCCUGAGGUCUACGCCAGUUUGGAAGCCGAGCCGGGCCGAGCCCGUGGCUACCUGGCCCGCCGCAUGCUGCAGAAGCUGGCCGAAGGGCUGGGGCCUGACGUCACCCUCCUGGUAGUGCCAGGGAAGUUGGAAAUGAAGAGCAGCUUCCCGCUGGCCGCCAGCUUCCUGCACGAGUACCACCACCGCCUGGCCUCGGGCACCGUCUGCAUUUUCGCCUAAGCCCACGAAGCCAGCGGGCUUCCGCAGUCCCAGCUGACAAACGGCUGAGUCAAACAGCUCGCAAU